UAGAAGAACGAGUGGGUGAAAAUUAAUAACCAAACCUAAACUAAACAACUUACUUAAUUUGGACUUGAAACCAAAGAAAAUUACGGUUAUAGUCUCUGAUCACACACAGAAAACUUUAACAAACACAUACUCUCUCUCUUCAAAACUAAUUUAAGAUUCUCGAAGCUUCUUCUUUUCUACUGAUAUGGAUGUUAUUGUUGCUGUUAUAAUUAUAACUGAAUUGGUGAACAAGAUCAUUUCACUUUUUUAUUACAAAUCAACAUGGCAGGUUUCUUCUCUCUAAGCAGUGGAAGAGGAAAAGAAGAAGCAAGAGAACAAGAAGAAAAUAAUAACAGUGGAAACACUAAUAAUCAGUUUCUCUUCAGAAACGAAGAGAUCUACAACAACAAAGGAUUCGAGAUAUGGCCGCAACCACAACAAUCUUCUUUUCAUCAUCCACAAAAUCUUAACAACUUUUACUCCUUCGGUGUUGGUGGUGGAGGUGGAGGUGGAAGCAGUAGUAGAAGAAACGAAAACAAUUUAAACGACGAUGUUUCCGUUUCGUUUUCCGAUGAAUCAACUAGAUUUGGAUUAACAGUGAUGAGGUCUUCCGGCGGUGGUUUAAGCGGCGGUGGAAUGAACUGCCAAGAUUGCGGUAACCAAGCGAAGAAAGAUUGUCCUCAUCUUAGAUGCAGAACUUGUUGUAAGAGCCGAGGGUUUCAGUGUCAAACUCAUGUUAAAAGUACUUGGGUUCCCGCCGCGAAACGCCGUGAACGGCAGCAUCAGCUUUCAUCUUUGCAGCAACAAAAUCAGCACCAGCACCAGCACCAGCAGCAACAACAACAACAACAGUUUCAUUCCUCGCGACGACACAGAGAAAAUCCAAACGAUACUUCUGCAGGAGGAGCUUCCGGUUCUCUUGCUUGUACUCCAAUACCUAUCACUACCACAGGGUUGGAGCUGGGGAGUUUUCCACCGGAACUGAAUUCACCGGCGGUGUUCCGGUGUGUGAAAGUGAGUGCAAUGGAUGCACAGGAUGAACGUUACGCUUAUCAAACUGCUGUGAACAUAGGAGGACGUGUUUUCAAGGGAAUUCUCUAUGAUCAAGGACUUGAAAGUAGUUACACUGGUGUAAAUGCUGGUGGUGGAAGUGGUGGUGGUGGUGGUGGUGAGGGUUCUUCUGGUGGUGGCGGCGGUGAAGGAAAUCAACAGAAUCUGAUAACAACCACCACAACAAAUGUUAACAAUCCAUUUGAAUACUCAUCACUUUAUCCAGCACCUCUUAAUGCUUUCAUGGCUGGUACGCAAUUCUUCCCACCUCCAAGAUCCUAAAGACGUAACGUAACCCCUCUUUCUAUCUCUAUCUAUGAUCUAUUUCAAUAAUUAUUUGAAUUGAAACCAUUACUUAUGUUAAUUUUAUGUAUCAAUGUUAAUUUCUAUGUCUAGUUUUGAUUUAAAUUAUUAUGAGUUCUGAAGUAGCAGUAUACUAAGCUACUAGCUAUAGAGUACUAUAGUUAUGUAUUUUUACAAAUGAUUACAACGAUGAUGAUUAUUCAGUGUGCACGAAAUUAAAGGGUGCUGGAAGAAUGUCUAAUUUGUUUUGUCCAAUCCAAAAUCUCAGUUCAGAUUUUCAUGUUA